CGACCAUACGACUCGCACACCUCAUCCGCGGUAUCCGUCGCAGCCAGCUCGUUUGCGUGGGUCGGAAGGCACUCCGCCUUGCCCCUUUCUCACGGCUCGGGGACGAAGGGAAGCGCUGCUCCGGGGCCAUGGUCGGAGACUGCCCUCAUGGCUCGGCCAGAUCGACAUAAAACCCAGGCUCGGCUGGAUGCGUCGAGACCGCAACUCUUGGGACUGACCCACAACUUCUAGCUAGCCCGGCUGUCGACUCCUCCGGUGUGCUUCGUUUGAUCGGGCUGUCCGAAGUGCAUACCCAUAUACCGCAGCAAAAUGGAUCAAGCCCUGCACUGUGACCGCGGUUCAAACUUGGCGAUCGUCGAGGAUAUGGCCAUUCCGUCCGUGGUCGAAUCGGCUUUUGCUGAUCACAGUUCCAGCUGCAGCACCUCUGGCCGGGGCCAACAUGAGCACCGGCUCACCGAAACAGCAGGGCCGCCUCUGGAUCGCAGGACCACUGCCCAUCAUGAUCAGGCCUUGGUCAAGCCGGGGCAGCUAGAGCAACAUCCGCACGAACGCGGUAAUACCGAAAGCCCUUCUCUACAGCCCGGGCCGUCUCGCUGUCGAUCCAGCUGGCCUGCCGAGCGUCGUUUGUCCAGCCCCUGCCCCGAGCGGCGCCAGUCAAGUAUGUCGGAAUCCCAUGUUCAUGAAAGCACGGCCCAAACCCAUCGCUGCUCCUCCGGCACGAAAUCGGCACCGCCCCUGUCCGUGAGAACCGUAUCGCACGCCGCUCCGCAAGCGGAUCCGGGCUCGCAGAGACCGUCCAUCCGAAUGUCACAGCGUCCGCCGUACAUCCCGCCGCGCGUAUCCUCCCUCCCUCAACACCUCCGUGAGAAUGCUGGCGAUGCCGAGCCACCCGCCGAGUCGACACUUCGCUCGAUCGCUCUGGGAUUCUCGCUGGCCCUCGAUACCGUCGCUCUCUCGUUCUCUCGGACGCUGUCGAACGUCUCGGCGGCGUGGACCAAUGCGAAUGGAGAGUCGCUCUCAAGCCCCCACCACGCGAGCUUUGCCCGCAAUCCAUCGGGCCUUCCUAACGUUUCCGAUCCCUCUGAAUCCUCAGACUCCUUGAGCCCCUCUGGCCAGCGUGCGACGGAGUUGACGGAUGAUUCCGACGAUCACACACCGCCGUCGGUUCACCACAGCCUCGCCGAGACUGAUAUUGCCCAAGUACUGAACGAAUCUCAAAUCCCGGUCGUUGAGGGCGAGGGUUUGCCUGCCCCCGAAUCGCCGCGCAGGAGUAUCGUCGACUGCUCGGACAGACAGACCCCCCACAUAUUUUGCCCCAUCUGCUUUGGCGAGAAGCAGCUCGGCAUGAACAAGGCACUGCCUUGUGGACAUGUUCUCUGCGUCGAGUGCGUCGACUACCUCUUCACUGUCGGAAGCGGGAGCACGCGAUUCUGCCCCUGCUGUCGCUCGGCCUUCAAGCAGAAGCAGUGCAUUCGGCUUUACUUUGGCUAGGUGCUGAUGUGCAGGCUGGGGCCCAGAUGAAACAGGGCGCCGCAGCGUCAUUUUGAUGGGGGAAUACACAC